ACAAGGAAAGAAAGAGAGAGGAGUGAAAACAAACCCUAGAAAUCUUAGAAGACGAGAGAAAUACCGUUGGGCUUACUUAUAUUUUUCCCGCGGGGAAUCCUUUCAUGUGUAAUAAGAGGGAGCCAUAUAACUAUAAACCAUGGUUCUCCCUCCUCCAUCUCAUCAACAGGAUGAGGAUAGUCAAUGUAUACAGCAGACCAAGACAUUGAUCUGUGCUCUUAAUCUUGUCUCAAGAAAUCUACCUCUUCCUCAGGAUAUAUUUGAUACUGUCAAUUCUAUCUACUCUCCAAAGGAUGAUGCAGAUGCAGAUGUCGUUGACAGAGAUACGAUUGCUGAGUCUGGGGUUUCUGGUGAUAAUCUGGUACAACUGAAUGUCGGUGAUGGUCUUCAGAUGGAAAAAGAUGUUGGCAAGCGAUCUUCUGAGGAGAAUGGGAUCUUGAAUGGAGGAGAUUUGAUGGCAGAAUUUGAGGAUGCACUUGUGAAGCAAAGGCCAAAUUGCAUGUCUGGCUCGGGAUUAAGAAAGUCUGCAGAUGCCCGUUUGAAAAGCAACAUUCAGCAUCGCUUGUCUGAGCUUGAAGAGUUACCUUCAAGUAGAGGAGAAGAUCUGCAGAUGAAGUGCCUACUUGAGCUCUAUGGGCUGAAGCUAGGGGAUUUACAAAUUAAAGUUCGGUCUGAUGUAAGCUCAGAGUACUGGGUGCGUGAGAGAUGUGCUUAUCCUGACAAACAAUUGUUUGACUGGGGGUUAAUGCGAUUGCCUGGUCCUGCUAUGUAUGGUAUUGGAGAUGCAUUUGCCACGGAAGCAGAUGAUCGACAGCGCAAGAAGCGAGAUGCCGAGAGGGUGUCAAGGAUAGAGGAGGAAGAAAAGAGCCGAAUAGAAAUUAGGAAAAGGAAAUUUUUUGCAGAAGUUCUUAAUGCAUCACGUGAAUUUCAACUGCAAGUGCAAGCUGUUCUAAAACGCCGGAAACAAAGAAACGAUUUUGUCCAGCAAUGGCAUGGAAAGCAAAGGCAACGUGCUACAAGGCAAGAAAAAUCAAGAUUUCAGGCACUGAAAAAUGAUGAUCAAGAACUUUACAUGAAAAUGGUAGAGGAGAGCAAAAACGAACGGUUAACAAUGCUUCUUGGGAAAACCAAUGAUCUUCUUGUGAAGUUAGGAGCUGCUGUUCAAAAACAGAAAGAUUCAGAACUCGAUGGUAUCGAGGCUUUGAAAAGUGGGUUGGUAUCUAAUGAUAACAUGAUGUCUGCCUCUAAGAGUGACAGCCCAGCGGAUUUGGUUCCAGAGGAAGAUGAAGAUGAAGAUGAAGAUGAAGAUUUGCUGGAUGAUUCUGAUCCCAAUGAGAAGUCAAAUGAUCUACUUGCGGGCCAGCGUCAAUAUAAUUCUGUUAUUCAUAAAAUUCAGGAGUCGAUAACAGAGCAACCAUCCACGCUUGAAGGUGGAGAACUAAGACCUUACCAGGUGGAAGGACUUCAAUGGAUGGUUUCGUUGUUCAAUAACAAUUUAAAUGGCAUCUUAGCGGAUGAGAUGGGCCUAGGGAAGACAAUUCAAACCAUAGCAUUAAUUGCAUAUCUCGCAGAGAAGAAGAAUGUUACAGGCCCACAUUUGAUUAUUGCUCCAAAAGCUGUACUUCCAAAUUGGGUUAACGAAUUCAAAACUUGGGCUCCUAAAAUUGUGGCCAUUUUAUAUGAUGGGAAAAUGGAUCAAAGGAAGGCAAUGAGGGAGAAAUAUUCAGGAGAGGAAAAAUUUAGCGUGAUGAUUACUCAUUAUGAUUUGAUAAUGCGAGACAAAGCAUAUCUGAAGAAAAUUCACUGGUAUUACAUGAUUGUUGAUGAGGGGCAUCGGUUAAAGAAUCAUGAGUGUGCACUUGCGCGUACGCUUGUAAAAGGAUAUCACAUUAGACGUAGACUUCUGUUAACUGGUACUCCAAUACAGAAUCAUCUGCAAGAGUUGUGGGCCCUGCUAAAUUUUCUCCUCCCUACCAUUUUUAAUUCGGUGCAGAAUUUUGAGGAAUGGUUUAAUGCACCUUUCGCAGACAGAUGCGAUGUUUCUUUAACAGAUGAAGAACAGCUACUGAUUAUCCGCCGUCUGCAUCAGGUUAUAAGACCCUUUAUACUGAGAAGGAAGAAAGCUGAGGUGGAGAAGUUCCUCCCUAAGAAAACUCAGGUGAUAUUGAAAUGCGAUCUGUCAGCUUGGCAGAAAGUAUAUUACCAGCAAGUCACCGAGUUGGGGAGAGUUGGCCAGGAUAAUGAAUCUGGCACGUCAAAAAGUCUUCAGAAUUUGUCAAUGCAACUCAGGAAGUGUUGUAAUCAUCCAUACUUGUUUGUGGGGGAUUACAACAUUUGGCAACAAGAGGAGAUUGUCAGGGCUUCAGGAAAAUUUGAACUGCUUGAUCGCUUACUUCCAAAACUUGAAAAAGCAGGACACCGAGUCUUACUUUUUUCUCAAAUGACCCGUCUUAUCGACAUUCUCGAAAUUUACCUGCAACUUCACCAUUAUAAGUAUCUCAGGCUGGACGGAUCGACCAAGACAGAAGAUCGAGGGACUUUAUUGAAGCAGUUCAAUGCACCAGACUCCCCUAUCUUCAUGUUUCUUUUGAGUACCCGUGCGGGGGGUCUAGGUCUUAAUUUACAAACUGCAGAUACUGUCAUAAUCUUUGAUAGUGAUUGGAAUCCUCAGAUGGAUCAACAGGCAGAAGAUCGAGCACAUCGUAUUGGCCAAAAGAAAGAAGUUAGAGUUUUUGUUUUGGUUAGUGUUGGAUCCGUUGAAGAGGUAAUCUUGGAACGAGCAAAGCAGAAAAUGGGUAUUGAUGCCAAGGUUAUCCAGGCUGGACUCUUCAAUACCACUUCCACAGCUGAGGACAGAAAAGAGAUGUUGAAGGAGAUUAUGCGUAGAGGUACAAACUCAUUGGGAACGGAUGUACCUAGUGAGAGAGAAAUCAACCGCCUUGCAGCACGAUCAGAUGACGAAUACAGGAUGUUUGAGUUGAUGGAUGAAGAGAGAAGACAGAGGGAGAGUUACAGAUCAAGGUUAAUGGAGGACCAUGAAGUCCCUGAGUGGGUAUACGCUGCUGCAAGGGCAGAAAAGGCAAAAAAGCCUGAACCAGAUAGUGGCUUCUUUACCGGCAAACGACAAAGAAGAGAAGUUGUUUAUGCUGACACGUUGAGUGAUGUACAAUGGAUGAAAGCUGUAGAAAAUGGAGAAGACUUGACAAGACUUACAGCAAGAAGCAAAAAGAGAGAAACUCUUGCUCCCGAGGCAAGUGAAUACACCAGUGAAAAUGCAAGGGAAUAUCAAAUACUACCAGAAUCAAGAAACGAUGACGAAUCAAUGGUCAGUGAGGAGGCAUCGGAGGUUUACAUAGAACAAGCCCCUAAACGACUGAAAUCUGUUCCAUUGAGGUUCAGUAGUCCUGUAUCUGAAAGUGGUAGUGCCUUGAGAGGUGAUGGGUUCACAUGGAAGACCCACAAGAGAAAGAGAUCAACUGCUAUAAUAUCUGAUGUGCGAGGGCAGCAGACGCCUAAUGGUCGAGGAAGUAGAUGAAUAUGAUUGAAUCAUUGAAAAUGUAACCGACGACAGAUGAAAGGAAAUGGUAUAUUCGUGUGUACAUUUCUGAUGUUCAUCUUUAAAUCUGUAAUGUAAGUUUAGAUACAAAAACAAUUUGUUUGCUGUGGGCGAUCGAUGCUUAAUUCACGAUCGCUGCACAAACAUCUCAAAUGUAUUCGUCAUUUGGAUCAGCUGGAUUUGUUUUACAUAUAAGAUGUUACCAAAUCCUGAUUUCAUCAAGUUGUUGUAAUUUACAAUCUGUCCAAUGGGGACGGCAUAACAAUGAAGAAAUGUAUCAACAUUUGUACUGAACGUGGUUUGAAGAACACUAAUCUAAUAAAUCUUCUGUUUUUUCUCUAA